AUGACUCCCCCCGCGAGCUGGUCCAUUACCAGCGCGGGGGGGGAUUUGGGGGGGAUUGGCGGAGGGGGAAUUGGCGGAGACUUCCCUGGCGGAGAUAAAAUGGGCGGCAUCGGCGGAGAUAACAGGCUUGGCGGAAACCACAGCAGGAGCGGUACUGGAAGCAGCGGACGCCGCAACGGGCUGGAGCCGCCUUCAAGCUCCCGCCAUUCUAGGUCAGCCGCGUCAAGCCCCCGGGUAAUGGAUUCCGUUUUCGGGCUCGGGAAGGAGAGCAGCCAGAGUGGACGGCGCGCGUCUUUCGAGGAAGGCGCGGCGGAGUCUUACGUGACAAAGUCUCGCCGCGAGUUUCCCAAAGACCCCCCUGGCUCUUUUAAGAGUCGGGGAGGUAAGGACGGUCUAGACUGGCUGGAGGAGAUUAAGAAUGGAGGGGGAGGAGGGGGCGGUGAUGGCGGAACUGGCGGAGGAAGCAGUAGAGGCAGUGGGGGCGGCAGGGGAGGGGAACUGCGGACGAACGGGGGAGAGGCUGGGGGGGAGAGCAGGCGGGGUGCGCUUGCCUCCGGAAGUGGCGGCGCUGGCGGUGGUGGCAGCUUCGGUCGAAUCGGGGGAAGCGGAGGAGGGGGAGGCGGAGGGGGAGGCGGAGGGUUCGGGGGAGCAGGCGCUGGUCCGCGGGGCGCAAGCGCACAUGCCAUGGGCGGCGCAGGCCUUCCUUUCCCCUCGCGUCCCCGUAGCUCCCCUUUAGGAAACAAGCUCAUGUCCUAUUCGUCCCUGGACCGCCCCUAUAGGCCCGCGGAAGGGGCAGGCGGGGAGGGGGACGCGGGGAACUUGAGCUGGCGCCAGCUGGUGGCGCAACUGAAAGAGGGGGAGGAGUUGAAGGAGGGGGGAGAGGGGGGGGAGGGGAGUGACCGGGAGGAACGAGAGCGCAGGGGCACCAGGGCCGGUAGUAGCAGCCGUGGUGGUGCUGGUGGGGAUCGAAAAAGCGCCGCCGGUGGUGGUGCUGCUGCUGCUGCUGCUGCUGCUGCUGGCGGGGGUGGUGGUCACGGCAGCAGCAGCACUGGCGGCGGCGGUGGUAGUAGCAGCGCCGGCGGUGGUGGCGGUGGCGGUGGUGGUGGUGCUGCUGGUGGCACAGCGGUAGCAGCGGUCAGUGCUCGCCCGAAGCCCAGGCACCGGCGAGGCGCAUCGUUCCAUUCCCUCUCUCCUCUCGACUCCUCUAGUGGUGACACGACCUUUAACUUGCUGCAGCAGCAACCUGCUAUUGGAACAGCUCGUAACGCGGAUCGUUUUGGCAGUGCUGCUGGUGCUAGUGGCAGCAAUAGGACAUCUGGUGGUUUUGGUGCUGCUGCUGCUGGUGGUGGGGGUGCUGGUGCUGCUGCCGCUGGUGCUGGUUCUGCUUGUCCCAAGCCAAGGCACAGGCGAGGGUCCUCUCUCCACUCCUUUCCCCCUGUUCCCGACACCACAAGCAGUGAUGCUAUUUUCGACUCCAUCCAGCGGGCAGCUGAAAAAGAAGCAAGUCAUUCCGGCGACCUUUACUCGCCAGUCAGCACCAGACCGGCCACUGCCGCAAAUAUUUCCGGGCAGUUUGAUGGGUAUUGGGGCAGCGAAGACACGGAUACCGGGUCGUUUAAUGAAAGAGAGGAAUUACCCAAAGGAAGGCUGCAUAGGCCGUAUCAGGGUUCUGCCAAUAUUAGUGAGCUGCUGGGAUCGAGGAUUAGCAGAGCACAGGAGAGGUCUCAGCCUAGGUCGAAAGAGAGAACGGGGGAGAGAGAUGUUAGGAGGAGGGAGAGGACAGGCGAGAGGCGAGGGGAGGGGAAGGGGGUAGUGGGUGAGGUGGUAAAAGGGGAGUCAGAGGACGCCGGGCAGCCACAGCAGCAACAGCAGCAGCAUCAGCAGCAGCAGCAGGAACAGCAACAGAAGCAGCAGCAGCAGGAACAGCAGCAGCAGCAGGGGAAGCUGAAAAGUCCGAGGGGCAGUUUGGGAAUCAAGGGAAUUCUGCAUGCCGCAUCCUCCCGCCUCCGCUCCCUCCUCCCAGACUCCACCUCUCCCACCGGCAGCAGCAGCGGCACCACAGCAGCCGGUGCUGCCGCUGCUGCCCCUCCCAACGCUGCUGCUGGGGAGAGUGACAGGGGGAGGAGGCCGACGAGUGAGGUAGCAGGGCGCGUGGGGGGGGUUCGGGGGAGGUUUGGGAGGCGGAAGCAGAGGCAUGGGGGGGAGGAGGAGGAGGGGGAGGAGGAGGGGGGGGUGGAUAGCCGAGGGGGGAGUCCGUUGGGGAGUGGAGAAAGGGAAGGUGGUGCUGGGGGAGGUGGUAUUGGUGGCGGUGUGGGCGGCAAGUCUCGGCAUCAAGUGCGCCGCCGCCAGCACAGCGCUGACGAGCUUCCGAGAGUGCCCGCGUCGCUGCUGGUUACCCCCCCUGUGUCGCCCCCGAAUCAGUCGGAGUAUGCAGCAGGAUCGGUGGCAGCAGGAGGAGGAGAAGCAGCAGCAGAAGCAACAGCAGCUGCAGCAGCAGCAGUGUCAGCAGCAGCGCUGCACGAGCGGCUUGCUCACAGGGAUAGGGCACGCAGGGAGGCUGCUGCAGGGGGUGGAGCACGGAGGGCGUUGGGUAUUUCCGGGGUAAUUGCCCCAAGAGGAGAUACAGUGGGUUCUGGGGCGGGAGCGUCCACAGGACAGGGCAAGGGCGGUGCUUCCUCUGGGCGGGUGAUUUUGUCUGAUUAUGAUGUCGAAUCGAUGCCUCAAGGGAAGUUAGCUGAGUUGCUGAGUCACAGGCAGGAUGGGGGAGGGAGGGGAUCAGGAGGUGUAGGUGUGGUGGGAGCGAAUAAGGGAAGGCGAGGGGAGGAAGAUGCCGGGGAGUAUGAAGGGAAAGGGAAAGGGCAGAAGAAGAAGGGGCCUCUGGGGUCGGUUCUCAUGCUGGAAAAGGUAUCCACGCACUCGGAAUUGGAUAAUAAGAAGAGGGCAGCGGGGGCAGGAAAGAAGCAGCAGGCUGAUAGCAUUCUGGCGCAGCUGGCAAGUCAAGGGAGUGGAGGAGGGGGUGCGAUCGGUGUUGGUACCAGCAGCAGCGGGUUACCAGUGAUGAGGCAGUACGGCAGCAUCCGCCCCUCAGACUACAUACUAAAGAAGCCAUACAAGGACCUGGCGGCGCGCUACGUGCUGCACAAGGAGGAGCUGGGCAGCGGCGAGUAUGGGGUCAUAAGGAAGUGUUUGGAAAUCUCGUCCGGGCAUGUGCUCGCCUGCAAGACCAUCAAGAAGGCCCGCAUUAAGAGCCCAGAAGCAGCGGACGACAUCAGAAUGGAGGUCGCCAGCAUGCUUGUGCUGAAGGGGCAUCCGUAUAUAGUCACACUGCACGAUGCAAUUGAAGAUGCAAAGUACGUGCAUUUAGUGAUGGAGUUCUGUCGGGGCGGUGACCUCUUCGAUCGCAUCACCAAGGGCGGAGUGUACUCGGAGCCUCUGGGCGCCCACCUGUGCCGCGCCAUCACGGAGGCGCUGUUGCACUGCCACCGGCACGGGGUAAUUCAUCGAGACAUCAAGCCAGAGAACAUUCUACUACUGGAGCCUGGGAGUGACACGCGCAUCAAGCUCGUUGACUUUGGUGUCGCGACCUUCUUCCAGGAAGGCGUUCUUCUGCGCGACACCAUCGGCACGCCUGAGUACAUGGCACCGGAGGUGUGGGACGGGAGCUACGGGCCCGCAGUGGAUGUGUGGAGCACGGGAGUCGUCAUGUACAUUGCCAUGUCGGGAGUGCCGCCCUUCUGGGCGGCAUCCAAGCAGUCUGUGCAAGAGGCAGUCGCCACCCGCGAGGCGAGCUUCCGGUCGGCGAAGUGGGCGCAUGUUUCUGACGAGUGCAAGCAUCUGAUUGGCCGGAUGCUGGCGAAGAAGCCUCAAGAACGAAUCACGUGCCUUCAGAUUCUUGGGCAUCCAUGGAUACGCCAGCAUGCGUCCCGCUAA